UCCUUUGGGAAGGGACACAAAUCACUUCAAUUUGAACAAGAGGGGCAUUGGCGCUCCAAGGAUAUUGCCAUCUCAUAUUUACCCACUUUUGCGUUUUCCUUUUUCUGCUUAAGAAAGAUCAGAAGAGGAAAAGGAAGAGUUAAGGGGAAAAGUUGUAAGGGAAUUAUGAUAUUUCAUAUUAGAUCUGCCUAAUCGUUCUGUGUUUCUAAAUCAGAAACACCAGCUGGUCCGAGGAAACAUUACCGGUACACUGACGGCACAUUUGGAGAAACUGCGUCUUGUUUCCACAUUCCUUGAAUAUAUCGCGGUCUCUUUUCCCUCUUGGAGACGACGGGAUCUGUGCUUGUUUUCAAACUCUUUUCAAUCUGAGCGCUGAGCUGUCAGAUCUCUCCCUCUCUCUCUUUUACGCACGGGAGGUGGGCACCUGAGAACGGUAUCGCGCACCGACGGGACGGGAGUGUGAGAGUUCCCGUUUUCAUGUUUGGGAUUCAGGAGAGCAUCCAAAGGAGUGGGAGUACUUUGAAAGAAGAGCCCAUCGGAGCCGGCAUGAACGCAGUCCGAACAUGGAUGCAAGGUGCCGGGGUGCUGGAUGCGAACACGGCCGCGCAGAGCGGAGUGGGGCUGGCCAGGGCGCACUUCGAGAAACAGCCGCCCUCAAAUCUUCGCAAAUCCAACUUCUUCCACUUCGUUUUAGCGCUUUAUGACCGGCAAGGACAACCAGUAGAAAUUGAGAGAACGUCUUUUGUUGGAUUUGUGGAAAAAGAGAAGGAGACUACUGGAGAAAAGACAAACAAUGGAAUACAUUACAGACUGCAACUUCUUUACAGCAACGGAAUCAGAACAGAGCAGGAUUUUUAUGUAAGACUAAUUGACUCCAUGACUAAACAGGCAAUCAUCUACGAAGGUCAAGACAAGAAUCCUGAGAUGUGCCGUGUACUCCUGACUCAUGAAAUCAUGUGCAGUCGUUGCUGUGACAAAAAGAGUUGUGGGAACCGUAAUGAGACGCCCUCUGAUCCCGUCAUCAUCGACAGGUUUUUCCUGAAGUUUUUCCUGAAAUGCAAUCAGAACUGUCUGAAGAAUGCAGGAAACCCACGGGACAUGCGACGCUUUCAGGUGGUUGUGUCAACAACAGUGAGUGUAGAAGGACACGUGCUGGCUGUUUCAGAUAACAUGUUUGUGCACAACAACUCCAAACAUGGCAGAAGAGCCCGGAGACUAGACCCGUCAGAGGGAACGCAGUCAUACCUGGAGCAUGCCGCACCGUGUGUCAAAGCCAUCAGUCCCAGUGAAGGCUGGACAACAGGGGGCGCUACUGUCAUCAUCAUCGGAGACAACUUCUUUGACGGUCUGCAGGUCAUCUUCGGCACUAUGUUGGUCUGGAGCGAGCUCAUCACACCUCAUGCCAUCAGAGUUCAGACCCCUCCACGUCACAUCCCCGGGGUGGUCGAGGUCACGCUCUCAUACAAGUCCAAACAGUUUUGCAAAGGCACACCCGGCAGAUUCAUCUACACAGCCCUGAAUGAACCCACCAUAGACUACGGUUUUCAGCGGUUACAGAAGGUGAUACCCCGGCACCCUGGAGACCCCGAGCGUUUGCCAAAGGAAGUGAUUUUGAAGAGAGCCGCCGAUUUGGUGGAAGCACUUUAUGGGAUGCCACAUAACAACCAGGAAAUCAUUCUUAAGCGAGCAGCGGACAUUGCUGAGGCCUUGUACAAUGUGCCACGAAACCACAACCAGCUGACCGGCCUGACCAACAGCUCCGUCCACGCGAGCAUGAUGGGAGUGAACUCCUUCACUGGACAGCUCGCUGUUAACGUCUCAGAGUCGUCUCAGGGCGGAAACCAGGGUUACUCUCGUAACACAAGUAGUGUAUCUCCACACGGUUAUGUGCCGAGCUCCACCCCUCAACAGAGCACUUACAGUACGGUCUCCACCAGCAUGAACGGCUACGGCAACAGUGCCAUGACCAACCUGACCGGCUCGCCGGGUUUCCUGAACGGCUCCGCCGCCAACUCACCAUAUGCCAUUGUCCCGUCCAGUCCCACCAUGGCCUCGUCCACCAGCCUGCCGUCAAACUGCAGCAGUUCCUCUGGCAUCUUCUCCUUCUCUCCAGCAAACAUGGUUUCAGCUGUCAAGCAGAAGAGCGCCUUCGCUCCUGUCGUCCGGCCUCAGUCAUCGCCUCCGCCCACAUGCACCAGCACCAAUGGAAACGGUCUCCAAGAUCAGUCUUUUGUCGACUCUAACAAGUACUCCACAGCCAGCGCACUCCAGGGCCUGGCCUUCUCCUGAAUGAUCCCUGGGAUGAUUGUUCCUCCCAUGUAGGGUGUGUUUGUGUGUGCGUGCAUGUGUGUGUGUUUGUGUGUAGACAGACAGAAAGAUGAAACGCUCUGUCGUGCCACUGGUCUCACCGAGCGUGUGCAGAAGACUCCGGCACGGGACUGACCCCGCAGUCCUGCUCUGAAGGAUGAAAACCGACAAACUCAGGCCCUUUUUAAACACAAUCUGCUUUGAACUAGAGGAAGAACAAUACGAGAGAGAAAAAAAAACAUUGAACUGAACUAUUGUACCUCCCUGUUUUAAUGUUUGUACUCACCUUGUAGACACUUUUUAAGAUAAGAGGCACAGCACAGGCAAAGCUUACCCGCCCUAUCUGAACUAUUACAUGAGAGGUCUAUUUAUUUAAGAAACAACCUUAACAGUUAUUGAUUUGCCAUCGGAUUUGUGUGUUUUUGUGUGUGCCGCCAUUUUUAUGAGAUGACACGAUAUUGCAGUGGUUUCUAUUUAUGAUUUUAUAUGCUGAAUGAAGGAUUACCAGUGAUGUUCGCGGAGGUUAAUGUCCCACUGAAUUUCUAUGCUUGCUUUUGGGUUUUGAGGACACCCUAAUGUCCUUAAUGUCAAUUAGCCAGUCUAUAAAAUGUGCCAGCAAUGUGAAUUAAAUACCCUCAAACUAAGUCCUAAAACUGUCGACAAAAAUUGUCGUUUGCUCUUUGACAUUGGGUUUAGACCACAUAAUAUUUGUGUUUGCCAAAUGGAGCAUUGUUGCUGUCAUGCCAUGACCUUUACACUCAUGUUCCAUUAGUCAACAUAAUGCUGCCUUUCAGUUCAACUUCAUACUUUUGAAAUAAAUGGCUGGUUAAAAAAAGUAGUUCUUGAACACUAUUCAUUGGAGAUGCACCGAUAUAUCGGCCAAUAAUCGGUAUCGUCGAUAAAAGCAAUUUUCACGACAUCGGCAGAUAUCACUCUGAAUAAUCGACAUGGAUGGAGAAACUGUACUAUUCAUCAUUUUACAGUAAACAAAACGUGUACAUUAGUUUUGAAUCUACAGGUGUUCCACAGGCACAGUUAUUAUGAGUGUUGUUUGCAUAGACAUAUAUACAUAGAUGCCUCAUUAGGAACUCUCUUUGGGCCACACUGAACAAAAAAAUCCUGUAAAAAACUGACUUUUUCUGCAUCUGGGGCACCAGAAAUAUUCCGUAAAAUUAAACUUUUUCCUCGUUUUCUUGUAAAUUUGCAGUCUUUUCCUGUAAUUUAUUGGUUUUGACUGUCUAAAAUCUGUAAAAAAAAAAAACACAGGAAAAUUCCAUAAAAUUAGGACACACAUUAAAAAUCUGUAAAAAAUCAGUCAAAUUCUGUUAACUUACAUUUUUUUUUGCAGUGCAGAUGUUACGUCCUGUUGUGUAGAUUCAAGCAUUGUAAUUGCUAAAUCUACGCAAUACAACAAGAAGAAGGUGUUAGUCAACUCAACUUUAAAAAGUGACCAUAGUUUAAAAACGUAAAAUAUUGACUUGAUAUAAAAACACAAACAAACGCAUUCUCACCUAUGAACGCUUAUCGCAUUUCUUCCUAAAUUUAAAUCUUUGUGUUUUUUACAACCAGAAGCUACACAAUGUUGUGGCGUUAUGGAAAACCCAUUGGUUUUUAACUGUGAGGGAAGCCAGAAACGCAAAUGUUAACUCUUCCAACGUGGCAUCUAUGUACACAUAUCUAUGGUUCUUGGGUUCACGUGAACUCGUCUCCUAAAAACCAUUCUGAUGUGACUUGAGGGCAGCAUUAGACAUUUCAUUCUCAUCUCUCCCCAGUCUUAUCUCAUUAUAAAGUGUAUAGACCAAACACUUACUCAUAUAGUCACACAAAAUAGACUCUGCACAAAUACACGAUAUGGAGCCAAGGGGGUCAAAUAGCCCCAAGCUUUUUUAAAGCUCUUGCUAUCUACUUUAUUCAAAGAAAUAUGAAGGAUUUUUUGUUUAGUUGCAUCCAAAUGUGCCGAAGAGAGAAAUUUGUUGUAUGUCAUUUUGAGUCAUUUUGUUUCUUUUAUAGACAAACUGUGAUAAUCAUUUAGUUUGCAAUGUGCUUCCUCCCACAAACAGAUCAUGACUGAUUCAAAGAUAGUGGAAGGAGACGAUGAAAGUAUUUCACGUUCAUUCGAGCUGAUACAAGAAUCAUUCUAGCACUGUGAAGUCUCUAUACUCCUUCAAUGAAUAAUUGACCAUCUAUAGAUGAAGCCAUUACUUUUGUGUGUUUUUGUACAGAAUGAUAAAUAUGUUUGAUUUGGUAAUUUUCUCCUCUUUUUUAGCCAAAGUCCUUGUUAAAAUAUAUUUAUACAUCAGAAUGGAGUCAAAAGGCAGCUUUGAACAACCUAGUGUCACUGAUCUAAUGUUUACGGCAUACGCAGAUCUCAGAGUUUAGCUCGGAGGUUUCUACGUAUGAUCAUGAAGAGAAAUGUGUAGGAUAUCCAUAUGAAUCAUGCAUGUAUGUAUCGCUUGAAUCUGCUUCAGUUGUCCUUUCUGCAUUUUCAUCGUUUUUACUCUUUGGCGAUAUGUUUUUUUUGUCCGUAAAUGUGACUUUAAGAUGUCAUUUGUAUAACAAUUUUGUAUGUCAAAGUACCAUGUUUUUUCUAGUCCAUUCGCGAUCGCGAUUAGAGUUUAUGUUAAUGAAAUUGUGUGUUGUUAGCAUUUUGUAACAUAUUUUGUUUCAGAUGGCAAAAUUUGUUUAAUAGUAUACAGUAUACUUUAAUGAGAAUAUAUUCACCAGGUAAACAAUAUAAAUAUAGCAUAUCUUUCAUAUCUUCGCUUGCCGGGAUCUCACGGAAAGAAAGCGAGUUAUUGUUUUAAUGCACAGAAAAUCUAACAUUGCCUUUUCUCAAGAGUUGGUUUCUUAAUCCUCCUCAAUAAAUCCCUGGUUAUCUCAUGGAAGUGUACCAACAAUCAAAUGUCUUAUUAUUUAUUUAUUUUUGAAGAAAUGUAUUUAGAUGGUUUGCAUAUUACAAAAGAAGUACAGGUGAAACUGUGGAGUAACAGCACAAGAGUCUAUACAGUCAUUUAGUCAUACACAUCUCAUUCCAUAACACUCACAUGUCAUGUCUUAAUGAUUCUCAUCCCAUCACUUUCUGUUGCAUUACAUGUAGCCUAUUGAACUGUUUCCCCAAACACGUAUGUCAGUUGUGUCGCUUAUUUCUCUCUUUUUGAAUCGCGGCUUUCCCCAUUGUUGAAGAUUUUAUAAAAUGGGCAUAAAUCAGUUAUCAGCAUUUGAUUAUCAAUUGAUUUAUUGGAUGUCACACUGACCUGAUGUCUGUUAUUAUUCCUGUUGAAUGCAUUACUCUGUUGUAGACUGGACUUACAGUGGGCAGUUAUACUGGUGAAAACUAUAAAAAGAAACUACUGUAAAGAUGAUCGUUUUUUAAUUACCUUUGAACUGUAAAAUAACUUUUUGACUUUCACAAUAUUUAAUUAAAGUUUCCUCUUGUCUGUGA